AUGAAGCUCUGCACAGUGGUAUUCAGUUUGUUGGCGUUGUUGGCGGUGAGCUACGCCGUGGAAAAUGGUCCUUUGAUAAAUGUACUUCAACCUGUCGACCCUCGUGCCUUAGUGCAAGUUGAGCCUGAGCAAAAUAACAGACCCAAGAGACAUUUACUCUUAGGAGCUGGAGCUCUCGGUGCUGGCAUAAUCGGCCUCGGCGCUUUGGGAUUAGGAGCUGGUGUGAUUGGUGCCAAAGCUGGCCUGAUUGGCGGAGCCUUGGCCGGCCACGCUCUUGGUGGCAGAAGUUACGGUGGCGGAUACGGAUACGGCGGUGGCUUCGGAUACGGGGGCGGAUACGGUGGAUACUAUGGCGGAUACGGCGGAGGAUACGGUGGCGGAUACGGCGGUUACGGUUACGGCGGAUACGGCGGCGGAUACGGCAGUUACAGACGUUACUAUCCUACUACAACUUACUACGUUGAGGAGCCCUGGUGC